AAAGACACCACUAUGAUGCUGUUAGGCAUAUGAUGCCAUCUGUUGAUGGAAGGCAGGCGGCAAGAGAGCUGAAUCUUCCAGCAUAUGCAAGCAGUUCAAGUCAACAGCCAAGCACUUCCCACCCAGUGCAAUGUGCUGUUGAUGAAAAUAUAACAGUGUUACAGAUCAGCAAACUCAAAAAUGAUAUUGAAGAAAUAAAGGAAGAAGUUGUUUUAGGGAAGCGAAAAUAUGAUAAAAUGGAAGUCCAAGCUAAUGGGUUGAAGCAGACAAACGCUAAACUUAGGAAGAAGAUAUCCCGGCUGACAAAAGAGAAGAUGGCAGCUAUUGAAACUUCCGAGUAA